CCUGUUGCCGUCACAUACGCUUCUAGUAUAACGCUUUUCAUGCCUACUUCCCGCUGAUUCUCUGGCGCAAGCUUCAAGCUGUCCAGCAUGGUCGGCUGGGCUGUCCUUGUUGGUGUGGACUACUACCCCGACGGAAAGGCUCAACUCCGAGGCUGCGUCCAGGACGUUGAAGACCUGUAUGAGCUCCUCUGUGACACGUACUGCUUCCACAGUUCCCGCAUCUUCAAGUUGAUCUCAGUCCGGCCAGCCGCAACGCUUGCCCUCGGAACGAAUCCCUCUGCAACUCCAACCUAUCAUAACAUCAUCCGAACCAUUCAAGACAUAGAAGAUAAUGCGCAAGCCGGCGACCACAUCUACAUCCACUUCUCCUGCCGCACCGGCCGCGCGCCUUCCAUCAUCCCCUCCGACCGCCGUUGCUACGAUACUAAGGAGCUUGUCCUUCUCCCGGCCGACCACGAAGCAACCAAGAAGUUCCUCCAUGAACUUGAACUCGCCGUCCUGCUCCGCUCCCUCACAUCCAAAGGCUUGGAAGUCACGCUCAUCAUCGAUGGCCGGUUCUCACUAGAUUCCGAGACGCCAGUAGAGCGACGGCCGUCUGUUAUACGGCGUUUCAGCUACUGGUCGCACCGAAAUCGGGGUCCGUUCCUGGUUGGACAGUCCGGAUGCAGCGGCGCCGUACACAGGUGUUAUAUCCGUUGGCUUACUGGACCAGUCCAUCCGGAACGAAUACUUGGAUGAGGCCUCGGGGAUCUGGAAUGGAUUUGUGACAGCGUGGUUGUGCCGCACCAUUCGCGAGUACGGGCCCUUUAUACCGUUUGGAGACCUGUAUCAAAGAUUGGUUUUGGAGGCGAAAGGAC